UGUGAUGGGUAAAAUGGUCAAACGAAAUGAAGACUAGACUCUUGUGCUUAGUUAUUUGCAUCAGAGUUUUGUAAGUUAUACAGAACGAAACAUAACAGCAACAUUCACCGGAGAAGAAACACCGAUUUCCACCGCGUUUUCAAGAUGAUUGAUGAUAAUGAUCUGGGUUUCUUUGCCAAUUUUCUCGGCGUCUUCAUCUUCGUCCUGGUGAUAGCAUAUCACUAUGUCGUGGCUGACCCAAAGUAUGAAGGAAACUAGGAGAGUUUUGAAGUUCAAGAUGUAAUUUUUUUAUGUUGUAGACUGAUAUGCUUUACAAAUGGAAUUUUAAGUGAUAUAAUUAUGAACCUCAUUUUGGGAAUAUUAAUUUUAGCUUGGUACUAAAACUUUUAUUAA